CUGCCCGCACGCGGGGCCGCUCCGGCCGACGGCGCGCGCCCUUCUCGGUGGGCGGGUUCCCCCCCGGGUGCGCGCGGAGCGGCCAGGCAAGCGCCGCCAUGAUGAACAGCGGCGGGAUCGGGGUCCCGCUGGGCUUCCCCCUGGGCCCCACGUCCGUCAUCCAGGUCACCAACCUCUCCUCGGCCGUGACCAGCGAGCAGAUGCGGACGCUCUUCGGCUUCCUGGGAGAUAUAGAGGAGCUGCGCCUCUAUCCCCCGGACAACGCACCUCUUGCUUUUUCCUCCAAAGUAUGUUAUAUUAAGUUUCGCGAAGCAUCAAGUGUUGGUGUGGCCCAGCAUCUAACUAACACGGUUUUUAUUGACAGAGCUUUGAUAGUUGUUCCCUGUGCAGAAGGUAAAAUCCCAGAUGAAGCCAAAGCCCUCUCUCUAUUGGCGCCUGCUCCUACUAUGACAAGUCUAAUGCCUGGUGCAGGGUUGCUUCCUAUACCUACACCAACCCCUUUGACUACACUUGGUGUUUCACUUGGCACUUUAGGGGCUAUACCAGCAGCAGCAUUGGACCCUAACAUUACAGCACUGGGAGAAAUACCACAACCACCAAUUAUGGGAAAUGUGGAUCCAUCCAAAAUUGAUGAAAUCAGGAGAACAGUCUAUGUUGGAAACUUAAAUUCCCAGACUACAACAGCAGAUCAGCUGCUUGAAUUCUUCAAGCAAGUUGGAGAAGUCAAAUUUGUGCGAAUGGCAGGUGAUGAGACUCAACCAACGCGAUUUGCUUUUGUGGAAUUUGCUGACCAAAAUUCUGUACCUCGAGCUCUUGCCUUUAAUGGAGUUAUGUUUGGAGACAGGCCACUGAAAAUAAAUCACUCCAAUAAUGCAAUAGUGAAGCCUCCUGAAAUGACACCACAAGCUGCUGCUAAGGAGCUGGAAGAAGUGAUGAAGAGAGUAAGGGAAGCCCAGUCUUUCAUAUCUGCUGCUAUUGAGCCAGAGUCUGGAAAGAGCAGUGAAAGAAAAGGCGGUCGAUCUCGUUCCCAUUCUCGUUCAGAAUCCAGGUCUAGCUCAAAAUCCCGAUCUAGAAGAAAAAGAUCACACUCAAAACACAGAAGUAGAUCAGGCAACAGAUCUCUCUCAAGACACAAGGACAGACGCAGAUCCAGGAGUCCCCUGAAAAAACGGUCUAGAUCUUCGGAAAGGCGGAAAUCAAGAAGUCGCUCUCAUUCUCGGGACAAGAAAAGAGACAAAGAAAAGAUCAAGGAAAAGGAAAAGGUCAAAGAAAGAGACCGAGACAAGGAGAAGGAUAGGGACCGAGAAAAAGACAGGGAAAGAGAGCGAGAUAAAGAGAGAAACAGAGACAAGGACAAGGAGAGAGAUAAGGAGCGAAGCAAAGAUAGAGAGAGACCCCGAGAAAAAGAUAGGGACAGGGACAAGGAUAAGGACAAAGACAGACAGAGGGACAAGGACAGGGAAAAGGAAAAAGAUAAAGAGAAGGAAAAAGACAAGGAAGAGGUAGACCAGAACAAAGAAAAAGAAGAUAUUGAGAAAGAAGGAGAGAAGGACAGAGAAAAGAUUAAGGACAAAGAAGGAGAUAAGGACAAAGAGAAGGACAGGGACAAAGAAAAGGAAAAAGAUGGGGAUAAGGAAAAAGAGCGAGAAAGAGAAAAGGAGAGGGAUGAUAAAAAGAAGAAAGAUAAGAGAUCCAGAACACCCCCAAGAAGCUAUAGCUCUUCAAGAAGAUCUCGUAGCUCCAGCAGAGAAAGGCAUAAAAGGAAGAGUAGAAGUCCUUCCAAGUCUCCUAAAACAUCGAAAACAGCAAAAAGAAAGUCUUCGCGAACUCCUUCCCCCAGAAGAAACAAGAAAGAAAAAAAAAGAGAAAGAGAUACAAAUAAUGAAAGAAGAGAAAGAGAACGCUCCACCUCCAAGAAAAAAAGUAGUAAAGAAAAAGAGGGAAAGGAGAAAUCUGACAAAAGCACCACUGCUUUGAAGGAGAAAGAUAACAAUAAAGAGGAUCAGAAUUCAGAAACUGACAAGGAAGUAGACAAUAGAGAUGCACAAAGGACAGAUGAAGUCAAACUACAACAGAACGGGAACUGUCAACCAAAUGAAGAAAGCCUCUCAAUUAAAAUGGAAGAGGUUUAAAGCAGAGAAUGGACUUGUAAUUCAACUAAGGAAUGAAAUCCAAAGCAUCUUAUUUCCCAGAAUGAGGAAGAAAAUGUCAAAGCAAUCAACCUGACCGUAUUGAUAGUACUAGUAGUUCCUACAAUUCUUGUGAUAGCUUUGUUGUCUUCUUGCUGUAAAGCAAGAGAGCACGGACCAGUCAUUAUACCAUGAAAAGGCAGAUGCCAUCAGAACUAUUCAUCUCUGAAAAUCCAUGCAUUUCCAUGAUGGCUGUACUUGUAAAAUUAUAUAUGUUACGUUUUGCUAUAAGCUGUUACAAAUAAGUGGAAACUGAAAGAUGUAAACCUGUACUUUCCCAAAAAAGAUGAAGAUAUGCAUUGAGGGUUGUUUAAAAUACUGCUUGUUGAUGACUUGUGUUGUUUUACCCUGUGGGUUAAAAAAUCCCAAUGUGUAAUGUUUGAUGUGCUUGAAAAUGGUGCAUAAAUGUACACACCUUCUUUCCUUGUAAAUGACAACUGUAGGGAAAGGGGUUUUAAACAUAAACACAGUUUUACCUUAUGUUAAAUACCCAAGAACUAGUGUGUUUUUCAUUUGCUCACUGCUUGAGAUUCUUCGGGUUUAUUAUUUAAAAGAAUUUUUUACUAAUAUCCCUAAAAUUAAUAUUUCUUUUAAAGUAUUUGAACAAUGCAUGCUCUUUUUCUUUUCCUGUAAGGAACAUUGCCAUGUUAUAGAUAUUUGGUUAGCUUACUGGGUUGUUUUAGGAUUGGUUUGUUUUGUUGUUUUCUUUGUCCUUACAGAAAUGAGCACAUCAGUAUGGUAUUAUCAGAACUUACAGCUUUGUUUUGAGAUGUACUGCAGUGUGUCUGUCAAGCUGCAAAUAGUACAGGUGCCAUUAAGGAAAUAAUUUUUUUUCUUUGGUUAAAAAAAUACGGGAGCACAAGCAGAAGCUUUAGUGCCUUCUUAAAAUGUGAUAUUUUCUAGAAAUGUAUAUGUGUUGUUACACAUUUUCAGCUAAACCUUAUAUGAUCUCUAUUGCUAUUUUGCCACCACCGUACUGUGGACAAGGAUGCAAGUGAUUUGUCAGAAUGGUUGUUUGGUUCAUUUGUUAAAAUACUGAAGCUCCAUUUUACUUUUAUUUUUUACUCUCAAAGGAGAUUUAUAAAUGAGAGCAAAGAUGCAGUGUGGGGACCACCACUGUACAAAAGUAGUAGCUCAACAUAAAGCGUGUUCUGAUCACCUGCAUCAAGAAAGCCCUUAAGACAUUUAAUCUACAUUUGGAUGGCCUUAAUUGUUACCUCUUGAUCAUCUUCUCUGGUACCUGUAGGGUGAUGUAGAAGGAAUUGUUUGCAAAGCAGUGGGGGAUAAAUAAUUUGAGCAAGAAAGUUUAAUUUACACAGGGCUUACAUAGUAGAGUUUUUUUUUCAUUUUUUGGGAAGAAAGCACGUAAGAAGAGAAUGACGAAAUAUUUUUGUCAAGGGUAAAACAUGGCUUGUGUUCUCUGAACUAAUUUAAUUGGUUACAUGAGAUUUCUGAAAAGUCGUACUUCUAAGACAUAAUUAUAGCUAAAGUGGAGUAGAUUAUUUUUACUACAACUUAAUGCAAUGGAAUUAAUUGCCUUACCUCAUGGGAAGUGUUAUUUCUUUCAGUUGAAAUAAAAAAAUAAUAGUGUAUUGGC